AUGGCCCUCCUAAAAGACUCCCUAACAACAAUCUCAUCCCUCUCCAAACUCCUCUUUCUCUCCUACAUACUCGACUGGAUAUUUAUAAUCGGCAUCGCUCUAAUAGGCUAUGGCUUCUACAAACAACACCCAAACCGCCACCCCUUCAGCCUCACCGACCCAACAAUAAGCUACCCCCUCAGCCCAGAAACUGUAACAAUGGAAACCCUCCUCCUAGUCAGCCUCUUCGCACCAGCAGUUCUGGUCUUCCUAAUCUGCGCGCUUGUCGUGCCGGGUAGUGCCGCAGCCACCAACCCCAAGUCCUCCGCGGCGCAGAUCAUCCGUCGCAAGAUCUGGGAAUGGAAUGCCGGAUGGAUGGGACUGGCGCUUGCGCUUGCGAGUACGUGGUGCGCGACGCAGGGGUUGAAAGCUCUUAUUGGGAAGCCGAGGCCUGAUUUGAUUGCGCGCUGUAAUCCGGAUUUAUCGCUAAUUGAUAAGUAUACGGUUGGAGGGUUGGGUGGGAAGGUUGAUGGGGGGCCGGUGCUGGUUUCUUGGGAGAUUUGUCGGGAUCAGUCGAAUAGUUUGAGGAUUGAUGGGUUUGCUAGUUUUCCGAGUGGGCAUGCUUCUUUUGCGUUCUCUGGCUUGCUCUACUUGACUCUCUGGUUAUGUUCCAAAUUCUCCGUGGGAUUCCCUUAUCUUCCGCAUUAUCCUGUUGAAGACCAGAGCUUCGCUGAUGAUGCCACCUCCGUCCGGAGAAGGGGCGCUGCACCGCCUGUCUAUCUCAUGCUGAUCGCAUUCUUUCCGACGGCGACAGCUGCUUUUAUUGCUGGGUCACGCUGGUUCAAUUACCGGCACCAUGGCUUUGAUAUCCUUUCCGGUUCGGCGGUUGGGAUCUUCUUCGCCUGGAUCGGGUUCAACAUGUACCAUCUCCCUAUCCGCCGUGGCGCGGGCUGGGCUUGGGGUGCGCGCAGUCGCAGGAGGGCAUUCCUGCGUGGUGUUGGAUUCCCUAGUUCGCUUGGAACUGACGGCUGGGCGUAUACACACAACAGUGACGUCGAGACACACGCCAAUGGUCACAGUAAUGGCCUCGGCACUGAUAUCGAGAUGGCACCUCGGAGUCGAGAUGCGCCGUUUGAAGGCCACGCUAAGCCGGGCAGUAGCUCUGGCAAUGGCGCCAGGCUGGAGGAAUGA